GGAUACCCUUGCCGUUAUCAAAAUGUCAUUUCUACUACGCCUAUGUACAAAGUUACACAUUUUAUUAAUCCCUAUUCCUGGUCCUGGUAUUCUAUUCUAUCAGCUCCCCUUCCAAUAAUUCCAAUCAUAUUCCAAUAAACGCAUGCAACACUAAAAAGACAGAAUACCAGGCCUGGAGAAUGGCAACCCCUCGUUUCAUUUCUUGAUAACCUCCAAAUCCAAUUUGUAACUAUUUUAUAUCUCUAAUCGAUCUCAAAAAGCAGUAUCGAUAUGAACGGUCAUUUUUCUAACGUUGGCGAUGAGCCAGCCCAAGCUCACUACGAGCAUGGCAUUCAAGUUAUCGACGAGGACAAGGAAUUCAAUGAGAAUAUCAGUGCCUAUCUACAAGCAACCCAGGUUGCCGAUUCUGGAUUCAACUAUCACCUCAUAUCCGUCUUCGGCUCCCAAUCUACCGGCAAGUCUACCUUGCUCAACUACCUCUUCGGUACAGAGUUCAAUGUUAUGUCCGAGACGGAACGCCGUCAAACCACCAAAGGAAUAUGGAUGUCAAAGAACAAAAGGGGCUCUAUGGCCGACAACAUUCUAGUUAUGGACGUAGAGGGUACCGAUGGCCGUGAGAGAGGAGAGGAUCAAGAUUUCGAACGGAAGAGUGCACUUUUUGCGCUCGCAACUAGUGAAGUGCUUAUUGUCAAUGUAUGGGAGCAUCAAGUUGGCUUAUACCAAGGAGCCAACAUGGGGCUACUUAAGACCGUCUUUGAAGUCAAUCUCCAAAUAUUCUUAAAGGAUAAUCAGUCUACUCCCAGGUCUCUUUUGUUUUUUGUCAUUCGCGACCAUAUUGGCCAUACUCCUCUAGCCAAUCUCCGAAACACUCUAAUUCAGGAUCUGAGUAAGAUCUGGUCGUCGAUUUCGAAGCCUCCUGGUCUAGAGAAGUCGCGCAUAGAAGACUACUUCGAUUUUGCCUUCGCUGCACUGCCUCACAAAAUCCUACAACCAGACAAGUUCGAGAUCGAAGUCAAGAAUCUGGGUGGAAGGUUCGUCGCUGGGAAUCGAAACUCCAAGACUCAGGUGGACUCGGACCAUGGUGAGCAGGAACUCGAAGGUGGAGUUUUCCUACCAGAAUACCACCGACGUAUUCCGGCAGAUGGUUUUUCUCAUUAUGCAGAGGGUAUUUGGGAUCAGAUCGUUAACAAUAAGGACCUCGACUUGCCUACACAACAGGAGCUUCUUGCCCAGUUCCGCUGCGACGAGAUCUCCCGAGAGGUCUUGGUAAUCUUCGAUCAAGCCAUCAGCCCUCUAGAAGAACAGCAAGCGGAAGCUACCCGUCAAGGGAAACCAACUGUCUUGCUUGACCUUGGAAGCAUCGGCAGCACCACGAGAGAGAAAUGUGUCAAGUCUUUCGAAACACAGGCUAGCCGAUAUCACAAAAAGGUCUAUUCUGACAAGAGGGCUGACCUAGAGGGGAAGAUUGACCAGCGACUCAAGACGCUAUUUCAGGGCCAACUCUCUGCCGCUCACAAGGCUUGCGUCACUACAUUCAGUGAUGCUGUAUCUGGCGCCGUGAAAGCGGGCCAGAAGUCCGGCGGGUCUUACGAAUUUGCUGAGAUUGUGGCCGCGGAGAAAACUAAGACCCUGGAAACGUUCCAAAAGGAGGCGCAGAGCCUGGAGAUCCCUGGUGUAGCGUGGUCAAACUUCAAGUCUCAGUAUACCCUUUUUGAGAAGGAACUCGACGAAGUCAGCGCUCGCUUGAGAAAAGACGAGAUGCGGAGACUGGCGACCCGAGUUGAGCGCUGGGUCAAGUCUCGUUUGGGCGAUUCAGUUGGACUUGAAUUCAAUAAACUCGGAUCAGGAAGGGGUGGUUCUGGAGCCCCUGAAACAGGUGAAAAGCCUGCCACCGAGAAGGAUCUAUGGGAUCGUAUCUGGAACAUGUUUAUUUCCGUCGUCAAGGAUGCUGAGGGCCGCUUUGCGGAUAGGGCCAAGAGUUUCGAAGCAAGUGAAGAAGAGGUUGAGGUAGGAUUAUGGCGUCUCCGACGAAAAAGCUGGGUAGCACUUCGAGAGAAGAUUGAAGAAGAGGUGAUGGAAGGCAACAUUCUCCUCAAGCUCCGAGAGAACUUUGAGGAUAAGUUCCGAUACGACGAGGCCGGUGUUCCCCGUAUAUGGCGACCGGCUGAUGACAUUGAGGGCAUUUAUACUCGCGCCCGAGAAUCGACGCUGACCCUUAUCCCCCUUUUGUCGAGGUUCAGACUGUCUACAACUUCUGCCCCGCCAGACCUCCCGGAGUUUAUCGGCAACCAGCCCUCCAGCGCUGAGCCCGAGGAUGAAGAGGAUUUGACCCCCAUCGGUGGUGUCGAUGAGGAAGAUGGAAAGAGCCUGGAGGAGGAGUUGACUGUCUUGAGUGAAACUAAACGCCAAGAUUUGGUAGUCAGGUUCAAGAAGACAGCUGAUGGUGUAUACGUGGAAGCCAAGCGAAGUGCCAUUGGUGGAAUUACACAGGUGCCGCUGUAUUUCUACGGUCUGUUGCUGGCGUUGGGCUGGAAUGAGAUUGUUACGGUUCUUCGUAACCCUAUUCUGUUCCUGCUUCUUGUCAUCAUUGCUGGUGGCCUCUAUGUAGCCUACACCCUUAACCUUCUAGGCCCCAUGAUGCAGAUGAGCAGCGCGGCUUGGAACCAGGCCGUAGACAUUGGCAAGCAGCGCCUCCGAGACUUCCUCGAAAACAACGAGAUGGCAAGACAGGCAAUCGGGGUACCAGGCCGAGAUAGCGACUCGAUCAGCAUGGACACACUAGAUAGUCGAGGGAAGAAGCAGUCGCGCGUGGUGGCCGACGACGACGAUGAUAUUUAAAGCAGCGGGAAGGAAUCGAGCGGGAAUUCAAAGUUCAAAAAAUAAAAAUAAAUGGGCUUUGCAUUGAUAUUCUUAGAAGGCGGCAAAGGUUGGGAUAUAGUAAAGAUAACAAUUGUUUUUUUUUUCUUGUGAACCAACCAUUCUCUCUUCCGAAAAGAGUAUAUUUCCUGUCAUAAAUUUCUCUC